AAGUAUUCUAAUAUGUGUAAAAAUAUGUAAAUAAUAUAGUAUUAAAAGUUUAUGAGUACUAAAAAGCUUGAUAUAAAGUUCAUGUAAAAUGGAGAACAAAAACGAUAUUUUGAACAACUUGCUGUGUAUGGCGUGUCUCUGUGUCGGUAGAUCGAUACAAGAAGUGAAGGACGAAAGAUUAAAAAAGUAUUACAUGGAUACGCUGAACGAAAUACCUCUAAAUGACAUACAGAUGGUCGUGCCGAUAAUAUGUUGGGAGUGUGAUGCUGUUCUACGGAAGGUUUUAUCAUUCAGGGAACAAGUUAAGAAUUCUUACAGGAUAUUGCAGACAUAUACAGAGAAUCUAAACGAAUGUCUUCUGAGCGACGUCUCAAGAGCUCCAAGGCUGACAGUACAUAUCAACGAGCCAGUAUAUGUCAGUCCAUAUUCUGCAGUUGAAACGGAAAUUAAAGUCGAGAGAUAUGACGAUGACAGUAAAUAUGAAACACAAAAUGGCAAUAUUAGUAACACAGAUGAUUCAGAUAUUGAACCAGAAACAAUACAAACUGUGCUCUGUGAUGUAAAAAAAGAUCGAAGGAAGAAAAAGAUUGCAACAAGGAGUGGUAAAUUACGUCGGAGAAAGUUCGAGAAAGAUCCAGUGGCUGUUGAAAUCAAAGAGGUCAAAAUUGAAUUUAAAAAUGAUAUGAAAAGAUUUGAACCGAACCAGGAUUCUAAAUUAAAUGAGGAUAAUGACGCAGAUAGACCUAUAAGUAUCGCAUGUGAUAGUGAACAAUCAAUAAAGAGAAAGAAUUCACAGAACGAAAUUAAAUCAAUGGAAUCGAAUUCGACAAAUAAAAACGGAGCUUUGGAAUAUGAAUUGAAAAUUGAAUCUGAUAGAGAAUAUACAUCAGAAGAUCCAGCGUCAGAUGUCGAUAUUGGCGAUGUGGAUACAGAGAUCAGGAAUUUGUUUAAUGAAGUGAAUAAAGUCAAAUCCAAAGAAAAAACCGCUAAUGUUAAGAAUAAAAAAAGCAAAUUGAAACAAAUAGAAACAAUCGAACUCUCCUAUGACGAAAUGCAAGCGGAGAGAUCUCACCUCGCAGGGAGGGAGAGUUUCAAAAAAGCUCAGUAUAAGUGUGAAACUUGUCUCACAUUGUUCAACUGUGCUUCGUCUCUUAAAGCGCAUCACGACAAGAAACAUUCGGUUCCGGGAAAUUUCAUGUGUUCGAUAUGUAAAACAAUAAUAUCGUCUGUUGAGGCGUUUACCGCGCAUUAUAAAAGACAUAUGAGAAGAUACGAGUGCAAAGUUUGUAAAAAGCGAUCGACAGACGUAAAGGCAAUGUACCAACAUCUCUACAAGCGACACGAGAUAUCCCUCAAGAAAUACAAGUGCAAUGUAUGCGGGAAAGUGUCGAAAUCAAUAGACAGCCACAGGAACCACUGCGACACGCAUAAGGCCCGGGUCGCAUGCCCACAGUGCGACAAGACCUUUAGUCAUAGAGCGGGCCUGAUGAACCAUAGGCUCGCGGUACACGAAUGUCAGAACGAGUUUCCUUGCAACCUCUGCGACAAAGUCUUCAGAUGGAAAACUAGUCUAAAGCGACACUUGGAGAAACACGACACAAGUAAUAAAGGCAACACAAGUUCAAACAGAGCGUUUUGUGCAUCCUGCGGCAUCGCCUUCUCUUCUGUUUGUUCGUUACAGCGACAUCUCAGGAACAGUCUUAAGCACGUCACUCACGAUCAACUAAAAUUCAUCUGCGAUCAUUGUAACCAGAGAUUCGCGGACAAGACGAAGCUAAGAGAUCACAUCGAGGAGAAACACCUGCACAGAACCUUCCAAUGUCCUAUUUGUUGCAAGCCAUCAAAGAAUCGAGUUGGUUUAGAGCAACACAUCCGCGCGGUCCACAAAGGUAGACCGAAUAACCGGAUGUGCCACCAUUGUGGGAAGGGAUUUCCGACUAAAGUUCAGCUGGAGUCACACAUACGCACGCACACGGGCGAGCGUCCCUUCAUGUGCGAGUACUGCCCCACGACCUUCUCUCAACAGUCCAACCUCUAUAAACACCAUCGACAGGUGCAUCUCAACAUCAAAUCGAAGAAGUAUCUCUGUAAGAAGAGGAAGAUCAAUGGGAACCAGCCCGGCGACCAGCAGGAGUUCUCGCUGCCUAUCAUGCAGUACAUGCCUGAAAAUGGUUUCAGCUUGUGAUAUUUGAAAUAAAUAUUUUUAUAUGAA